AAUGAUUGUGCCUAUUUUGGUAAUAUUAUGGUAACAUUACGUCAUUGUAGUUGGAUGCCAAUCUUUGCGCUUUCUUUGGCAUAUUUACGGUAUCCGUUCAUUACGAUGGUGGGAGAUCGGCGAUUGCGCAUAUUUUGGCAUGAUUACGGCAGCGACGCAUUACGUUCGACUGGCACUCGAGAGCGGUGCUGUUGCCAGCCGUGAAAAGAAGCGGGGAGAGCAUUGUUUUGGCGCAGUAACAUUUCUAGGCGGCUUCCUUUCGAUUACAUCGUCCGCACACGGAGCGGUUUCCUUUUCUGCUUUAUUUUUGUGAUUUAAAUAUUUGUGACAUUCACUCUUUUAUUGGGGUUAAGGGCAUUUAUUUAAGCGGAACGACAGAACAACACCAGUACGUAAAUAAAAGAAGAUGAGUUCGAUCAAUGUGAAGAAGCUGAAGGUAAACGAGCUGAAGGACGAGCUCAAGAAGCGGCAGCUCUCCGACAAGGGGCUCAAGGCCGAGCUCAUGGACCGGCUGCAGGCCGCGCUCGACCUCGAGGCCCAGGCAGGAGGAGACUUCCCGGGGCCCGACGCCGAAGAAAAUGGCGCGGAGGGCGGCUGCGACGAGACGGGCGGCCUCAAUUACAUGGGCGAGGAGGAACUGGAGGACGAGCUGGUCGGAGAGAGCAUGGAGGCCGAGGAGGAGGACGGAGAUGGGGAGGGCGGCGAGGAGGCGGCUGAGGACGGCGCUCCGGGCGACGCGGCCGAUUUGUCCGAGCAUCAGGACGACGAGAUGGGCGACGAGGAGGAGGAGGAGGAGGACCAGGACGACGACGACGACGACGCUGGAGUGGAAAUGGAUAAAUACGAGGAAGACGAAGACGCGAUUCUGAAAGACGACGACGAAGAAAUGGACAAAGCUGAGGAUGAAGAUGGCGCGGCGAGCUCCCAGCCGGCGGAGGGGGAUGCCGAGAAAGACGCGAAAGCUGAACAGAAGAAUAAGAAGGGUGUUAAGAGACGCCGGGAGGAGCAUGGAAGGGGCUACUUUGAAUUUAUUGAAGAAAGCAAAUACAGCCGGGCUAAGUCUCCCCAGCCCCCCCUGGAAGAGGAAGACGAAGAGUUUGAUGACACCACCGUGUGCCUCGACACAUACAACAGUGACUUGCACUUCAAGGUGUCUCGUGACCGCUACAGUGCCUCCUCCCUUACCAUGGAGAGCUUCGCGUACCUGUGGGCAGGGGGCAGAGCUACAUAUGGUGUGUCCAAAGGCAAAGCCUGCUUUGAAAUGAAGAUUAUUGAGAAAAUUCCAGUGAAGCACAUCUCCAGCAAGGGCAUCGAAAUCCACGAUGUUCUGGUGGGCUGGUCACUGGCCAACAGUAACCUACUCCUGGGGGAGGAGGAGCACUCCUAUGCUUAUUCUGUGAAGGGGAAGAAAACCACCAACUGUGUGACUGAGGACUAUGGGGAGAACUUUGAUGAAAAUGAUGUCAUUGGCUGCUUUGCAAACUUUGAAGGAGAUGAAGUGGAGCUGUCCUACUCUAAAAAUGGCAAGGACUUGGGCACAGCCUUUCGGGUUAACAAAGAGUCCCUGGCUGGGCAGUCCCUCUUCCCCCACGUUCUCUGCCACAACUGCACUGUAGAGUUCAACUUUGGCCAGCGAGAGGUGCCAUUUCAGGCUCCACCAGAGGGCUUCACCUUUCUGCAGCAGAUUCCUGUGGAUGAGCGUGAGCGAGGGCCAAAGGGGCCAGAGUCCAAGGGAGACUGCGAGGUGAUUGUCAUGAUUGGCCUCCCUGGGGCAGGCAAGACAGCCUGGGUUACAAAGCACACACAGGAGAACCCUGGGAAAUAUAAUGUCCUGGGCACCAACACCAUCCUGGAGAAAAUGAUGAUUGGAAGCCUAAAGCGCCAGAUGAAGGACACCACCAAGCUGCAGGCCAUCUCCCAGCGUGCACCUCUCUUCCUUGGCAAGUUCAUCGAGAUUGCCGCUCGCAAGAAGCGCAACUACAUCCUGGACCAGACCAAUGUGUCAGCACCAGCCCAGAGGAGGAAAAUGUGCCUCUUUGCUGGAUUCCAGCGCAAGGCAGUAGUGAUCUUCCCCACCGAUGAAGAUUAUAAGCAGAGAACUCAGAAAAAAGCAGAGACUGAUGGCAAAGAUGUUCCUGAGCAUGCAGUUCUCAAAAUGAAAGGGAUUUACACGUUGCCAGAGGAGGGCGAGUGCUUCAGUGAGGUGACCUAUGUGGAGCUGCAGAAAGAGGAGGCUUCCAAGCUACUGGAGCAAUACAAGGAGGAGAGCCGCAAUGCCCUGCCUCCGGAGAAAAAGGCCAACCAGGGAGGUGCCACUCCAAAGAAGGGCAACCGGGGCAGAGCGGGCAAGAACCAGUUCAACAGAGGUUGUGGGCCGGGUCCCAGGGGAGGACGAGGUGGCUUUCAGAACCGGGGAAAUUUCCGUGGAGUGCCUGGGCCCCGGGGUGGGUUCAGCAGGCCUCCCAGGGGUUUUUUACCACCCCCAGUGUUCCGUGGGGGCUUCUCUAACCGGGGCAACUUCAGCCGAGGCAGCGGGGGAAUGCCAAACAGGGGCGGGGCCCCUCGGGGAGGUCCUGGAAGGGGCAACAUGGGAAACCGGGGUGGCGCCAUGCAGAGGGGCGCCAUGAACCGGGGUGGUGGAGCAAGUCGGGGCAACUUUAGCCAGAACUUCAGGGGUAGAGGGGGCAGUAGCCGUGGUUUCAAGAAUGGCAACUUUGGCAUGAAUAAGGCCCAGGCUUUCAACCAGAGUUGGCAACAAGGGUUCUGGAACCAGAAGCCUUGGAGCCAACAGUACCACCCUGGAUAUUACUGAUGCACUGGAGAAAAGAUGGGGACUCUGACCACCCCCUUACUGCAGGCACCCGCUCAUUCAUCCAGUUUUAAAACAAAAGAAACUAAUUUUAAAGAAAAAAAACAUUCCACAACUGAGGAGAAGUGCCUCGGGGUUCUGUCAAAAGCUUUAUAGGCUCACUUAUCCGUUGUAUUUUUUGUAUAUUAUUAUGUUUUAUCCCCCCUUUUGAUUUAAGUCCCAUGUGUUUAAUGUCAGGAGCCUCAGCAUUUUGUCCAGAGUGGGAUGUUUUUUUUUUGUUUUGUUUUUUUUUUUCUCCCCCUUUUUUUAAAUACUUUCAGGGUUCUACGUUUUAUCUGUAAAAUGUGAUUUUUACUGAAGUAGAGUUUAGACUUCUUUUGCAUAGUACAAGUCGUCCUUAUGAGUGUUUCACUUCGAAUCGGGAGGGGGAAAAAAAACGAAGCACUCCUUUUAGAAGCAUGCCGCUAUUGUUAACAGUAGUCCUGCCACCAGAAGUGGGUCUUUAAGUGAAGCAGAACAUUCAAAGUUUGUUAAUAUAAAAGGCUUCAUUUGAUGGUUAUAUAUAAAAAUCAAGCCUGUAAUAGCUUAACUUAGGUUUACAAUAAAUGGGUUCUUUGCCUUUUUACUUGUACCGCUUGUGUUUUUCCACAACUCAUUUCAAAGGUGUUAACCAACCUUUGAGCUGGGAAACCUGCUUGCUGAGAAUGGGGAAUACUGCCUGGUUUGUCUCAAGACCUGGCAGAAUGUGGAAGAAAAGAUGCUCUCACACUCUCUCUCUGGUGGUGUCAACAGCACUGUCUUCCCGCUGUAACCGUCUGGGAAGUUCGAUGCUCAAGGAGGCAAAGAGGUCAUGUUUGAUUCUUCAGGGGUCACAGCCUUUCAUUGCAUCAGCAUGAUUUGUUGAUGAAACAAACACUCCAUUUCUUUGUGACACCUUAGAAUUCGGGGGAACAAAAACAAUAUGAUUUAAUGUAGCAAUACUGGGGAUGCUUCUAAUGUUUUCAAGUAAAUAUUUCUAAAGUUUAAAGGCACAACAUUCCCUGAAAUACGGCACAUGAAAUGCCUAAAAAAACUAUGGUUAUUUUGAGGUGUAGCGAAAUGGAUUUUUCUUUUUUUUUUUUCCUUCUUUUUUUUUUUUAAAUUUGAAAGUGACAAAGUUGACUUGCAUCAGUACUUUUUGUGGAGACUAGUCAAAAGGCUGUGUUUACAUUUUUGCCAUGCAAGUCCUUCAUUUUUGAGGUCUUGGAUUCAUGCUUGACCUUGAAAUAAGUGUGUAUGUAGUGUUACAAUUUAGUAAACACGCUCAAUACAGUAACUGUUUUAAUCAAACGUAAUUGUAUUAGUGAAAUCUGUUCUGUAAAUUCAGUUCAGUACCUUCACACAAAAUGCCAGUAAACGCAUUGAUGGUGGAUAGUAUUUUACUGUAGGGGUUCUCAGACCUGGUCCUGCUGACUUUGUGUACAUAAUGUCUUUGCAGCUGAGUUCCGUACUUUCUAAAUCACAGUUUUGUUUGAGCCUGACUAAAGUUUUGCAAUGAAUCCAUGCUCAGUUUAAUACAAUUUAAAUUAUGCAAACUGAACAACAAAAAGCCAACACGCAUCUGGGGGUCGCCAGGACCAGGGAUGUAGACCACUGCUGUACCAAAAUGUGUUAUGGGCGAUGAGGUUGACCCAAAAACUUGCAGCUGUACCUUUCCUUUAGGAAGCAGUCUGUAAGCCUGAAAUAUUUACAGGAAUUUGCCGCCAUCAGGUGGGCUGAAUCUCACAAGAGGUUUGUUGGGCAUCUUACGUUUUAGUGUACUGGUGGUCAGAGAGGGGUUAAGGUUCCCAGGACCCCAUCUUCACUCCCGGUGGUCUCAUGCCACUGUGAACGAGGCAGCUGACUAGUGUCCGUAGACUGUUGUGUGUUCUUUGCAAGACCCUCUAACUGCAAACCAUUUUGAUGUCUCUAGAAAGGCGCAAUUUAAAGGACCUAUUGAAAUACAGGCAUUACACCCGACCUUUGCACGCUCUUCACGUGUUCAUUUGAGUAAUCAGUGUUGAGCACUAUGUCCCCUUGUUAAGGGCUGUGCUCUGUAAAAAAAA